UUAUUUUUUUGCAAUCAAAGUGAAAGAGUGGAACACAACAACUGUCAGUGUCAAAACAACGUAAAUAAUUUGGAAAUUGUGUUUUCUAGUGUAAAUAACAAUAUUAUGCAAUAAACAUGGCUAAAUUCAGCCUUAAAGAUAGCGACGAAUACUAUUUAGCGCUUUCAGAACAACCGAAGCGAUUUGACGCUGAUAGCCCGGUAACAAAUGUGUUUUUCGAUGAUACCAAUGGACAGGUUUUUACAGUCCGCUCCGGGGGCGUUACAGGCGUCACGGUCAGUGGAAUGGAUGAAUCCAAAUCAACAUCCUUCAGAAUGGAAGACAGAGGUCCCAUAAUCUCAAUAAAAUUUUCGCCAGACCAUAAUAUUUUGGCUAUUCAAAGAAAUCUAGAUAAUCAGAAUGCUAAUGUGGAAUUCGUGAAUUUCAAAGACUUGGUUCCUACCAAUGUGGAAUAUUCGCAUACAUGCAAGUGGAAGAAUGCCAAAAUACUAGGGUUUGUGUGGCCGAGAGUGAAUGAAAUAGCAUUCAUUACUGACCAUGGUAUUGAGCUGUUGCAAGUUUUUCCAGAGAAGAAACAGUUGAAAAGUCUGAAAAGUACUUCAUUUAGUGGGGCCUGGUUCUCAUGGUGUGCCCAAAGCAACAUAGUGCUCUUGGCAGGAAACAAUGGAGCUUUGCUGCAGCCUUUUGCUUUGAACAACUCCACCAUCAGCAAGCUGCAGAAAUUGGAAUUGGACAAGCCUGUAGUGGAACGUGAUGUGAUGUUAUUAAGGCUUUGCGACGCUACCUGGUGCGCCGUGUUCAGGCACGCCAGUAGUGCCUCUGUUCUUGCACCUGGACCCACUGAGUUGUGGUUGCUGCCCGUAACUGGCGGCGGGCAGACGCGAAUUCUACGAACAGGACUCGCGGGGCGGUUCGCCGUUAGCGUGCUUGAUAACCUUGUUGCUGUGCAUCACCAGUCAAGCCAAUCCUCACAAAUCUUUGACAUCAUGGAGGAAGCCAAAUCAGAGCCUCACGCAACUGUUCACGUCCCUGUGGUAUCAGCGCACACUAUGCGGCCUGCUUACGUCGAUGGACAACUCUGUCCUAUGUAUUCAGGCAACUGGGUGGUGUUCCAACCGGACUACAUCAUCGAUGCGCGUCUAGGAUGUCUAUGGCGCGUCAAGCUCAUCCCCUCCGGGCUGGCUCACGCUGUGCCAAAAGACGAGAUAUCGAAGAUAGUAGCAGUGCUACUCCGACGUACAGACGGCAAGGAAACUAUCUACAGCAUCUUAGAUCAGUUGGUGUCCACUCCAGCUACUUAUUUAGUUCAGCUGUCCAAAGCGUUCGACGAAAUUAAUGCAGUGUACAGGAAGUGGGCCGACCAAGAAGUGGCUCGAAAUACGGCAGGCGAAGCCGGAGCACCCACUGAACAUAUACCCGUCCUCAUUACACAAGAACAUAUGUGCACGCUGCUGCAACCACACAACAACUUAGUGCAGGUGGUGACAGCCUACUUAGCUUCCCUAGCCCGCCACAACAUUACAGUCCAGCAUACAUGCGCGGCGCUCUGCGUACGCGCAAUGGUAACAGGUGGUGCAGCUUCUCGCCUUCGAGAAUUAGCUCGACGCGGCGCACUCGCCGACGCCAGGCCGCUGGCGUGCCAGUUGCUGGCGCUGGGCGGGAAGCAUAGCCACCACGCGCAGCUGGCGUUGGAUAUGAUGUGGAGACUGGAUGCCAUUCAGGAAAUAGAAGAGGUCCUGCUAAGCUGGAACGAGCCCGUCUCAGCCAUCGGCGCGGCGAAGCAAGCCGGCACCCACGUGUGGCACGCCAUACCUGCUCGGAAGCUGCUGCAGGCCGCCAAACAGUGCGCGGAGCAGAGCGGCGACCCGGGCGCCUUCGCGGCGGUGUAUAGGGCGUUGCAGGCGAGGAACGACAGGAUAAGAGGGGCGCCGCAUUUUCUUAAAGGGGAGCAGUGCGACGCAUACGUGGAAUACUACAAGCAGAUAAUGUCCGAAUGAAAAACCUGUUUCACCUAAACAACACAUCUAACAGGUUUUAGAAUACGUCGCUCAAAACCAGAUUUUUGGUCUGAGUUAUUGAUUAGGUCCAGAUGAGCUAUAACCGCGAAAAUCGAAGUUAGUCAAUUGCGGGUAUUUUUUUCUGUCACUCUAAUUACGUAUUAAUGAGAGUAAAAGAGAAAGAUCCCCGCAAUUUGCGGAUUUCGGUUUUCGCGGUAAGCCCCCAGAUUCUUUCUUAGAACCGUUCCUUGACAUACGCCAUACGGCAUCAUGUAACUGUACUUUGACAAUAAACGUUAUAGUUACCGUAUAACGUACGAGACCAGCGAGGCUAAGAAGAUGGCUCUUUAUCAUUUGUCACCAUGCCUCACAUGUCUGUCACGUUCUAACAAGUAUGUAAGCGCCAAAAGUGACGGGCUUAGUAAAAUAGGGGGUAUUACUGAGUAAUAUACACAUCCCAAGUAGCAUUUAAGUGUCGGUAAAAUCAAUAUACCAGCCAAUUUAGAACUUAGGGUGGUUUAAGGGACUUAUAAGAGUGUCAGAGAAAACUAACCUGAGCUCAAGCUGUAUAAAAUCAUUAUAAAGGAAUUUGCGUACGCAUGGGGUGUUAUAUCAGAAAAUAAAAAAUCUACUAUAAAACUUUAAGUGUUGUGUGACACUUCGACCUAAUUCUAUCGUUAAAGCUGUAUACAGGCUGUAUUGUAGUAUCAAUUGGCACUUGUUGCUGUAAAAAAGUAUCUGUAAACUCCGUUAUAAAACUUUAAGUGUUGUGUGACGCUACAAGCUUAUUCUAUCAUUUAAGCUGUAUAGAGGCUGUAGUGUAGGAUCACCUGGCACUUGUUGCUGUAUAAAAGUAUUUGUCAACUCCGAUUUAAAACUAAUUCUUAUGGCGUAAUUUUACACUAUUAUAAGUAUAAUGGUGUUAUAACUUCUGUCUGUAAGGUUAUUAUAGAACUAAAAGAAUAAAUGACAGCUGUAGUACAGUUUUUGUCCGUAUUUCUGACCAAAGUCGCUUCAAGUAAUUUUUUGGCGUAAUUUUGCACUCAUAUAAGUAUAGUAGUUUUAUGAUUUCUGACAAGGAGUGUAUUAUAAAACUAAAUGAAUAAAUGGCAGUCAUAUUACAGCUUUAGUUUUUUUAUUUAUAAUACGGAUCUCUAACGGGAAUUAUAACUUAUGUACAGAAAGCCGAAAUACAGUCAAAUGUAUAAAAAUAUUCUAUUACAAAGCUGAUUUAAAUCCAAAAGCUGUAGAAGUGACUCCAUUAAUUACAUAGUAAGUACAGCUACUAAGAUUAUGAUGCUCUCCAACUAUCCUAUAGGCUGUUUAAAUACUGUCGCCAUUUUACUAUGAAUAAAAACAUAUUUGAAAAUAUAAUUAAAGAUAAACUUGCAAAUAUUUAACAAAAACUUGUCAUAUUAUGAUAACCAGCUAAAAUAAAUUGACUUUAACCUUAGAAUUAACAUUAAAAGAAAAAAACCUUAACCUUAAAAACAAAAACUAAACUUAUGUACCACUUUUAGAUAUUUUUGUUAUGUUUUUCUUGAUUAUUAAGCAGGGGCGUGAAUAUUUUGCCAGAAAAGAUACACAUGUUCACAAUAAAUAAUAAUCGGCACUUACCAAUAGUAAUAUAACUGCUCUCAAGAUCCUGUAUCUUAACUGCACUAUUACUUUCCACUUAUAUUUGUCAUUUGUCGCCAUUACAAAUAUAACGAAUGAACAGAAGACAUUUUUAGACUUGAAUAUUUUUUAUUCUAUUGUAAUUCUUCUUAAAAACCUAUUUAAAACUGAUAUUCUUAAAUCAUAUUUAUAAGAGAUAAUCUGUAGUGCUAAGGUUUCCAUUUACACCGAAUUACAGCUAUUAUACAGCUUAUCUAUUGCUUGUACAGCUACUGUACAGCUCUAAUAACGCGAAAAACUGUAUAAUUGGGGCCCUUUUUUAACUUAUAAGGGCUGUAUAAGCGCUUAUACAGCUGUAGUACAGCCUAAAUGUACAGCUUAUAGUAUUCAAAUAAACUGAUAUACAGCUCUUAUACAGCUAGCAAUGCUACUUGGGAUACUAUACCUUUAACAGUUUUUUGAUUUUUAAAAAAAUUAUCACUAUGAAAUUGAUGCACCAAGGCGGUUUAUUUAAACACGAAAACGCGAAAAUUGAACUUUUGUUAUCUGCUUCUCUAUCGCUAUAUAUAUUCUAAUAUGUAAGAGUGAUAGAGGCAGAAAACAAAAUUUCAAUUAUUGUGUUUCGCGGUAAGCCCUCAGUAUGUGCUAGUGGCGCACUCUACGCAGUUUCGAGUAAUAUUUCCUAUUGACUCCAAAAAGCUCACGUGACAAUAUCUGCAAUUUGAAGGAGGUUUGUUUGUAUAUACUUAUUCCUUCCUAAGAUGAUUAUUUGUGUAAGUAAUGAAACAAAUCGAUCUGUGAUUAUUGUCGAGUUGAGAAAAACCAUUAAUUAUACAUAUGUAUACAGUAGCAACUAAGAGGGAAGCAUACCACUUGAUUGUCCAUACAAAAAGAGACAACAUUUUCCACUUAUAAAUAUUGACACAAUGAAGAACUAGGUCUAUAGGAUUUCCUUUUAUUCAAAAUUUGCAAUACAAUUUUUUUUAUUGGUACCUAUAAACUUAGAAUAUUAUUAUGCUGAAGCGAUUGACAUCAAAAUCAAAACCAUUUGUUAAGAUUUAGUUAGUGGAAAACGUUUUCUCCCGAAAUUGAAUUUUGUAGAAAAAGUACCCUUAUUUCGCUAGGAUCGCAAACAAUUUUUUCCUAAUUUUAAUGAUAGUGUGAAUUCUACAUUUCUGUAUUUAGAUACAAUCUAUUAUGAGAAACCAUUCCUAAAUUCUAAAAUGUCUGAAGGUUUGUUAAAGUUAUUUGAUGGCGAGACCAUUAUUGCCAUUAAAGUUUGAACUAUGUAUUACCCUUGUAAAUUGCAUUUAUUUUAAGCAUAUUGGGCCAGCGAACGCCAUAGAAAGAUGGCUGCAAAGAGGGACAGAGAUGCAACAUAAAAAAGAGUCAUUGCAAUUGCCCCUUCUCAGUUAUGCAUUAGAGGGAGCAAGAGCUAUAACUUUCUCGUUCCUCCGUGUAGAUGCGAACCCCAGAUAAGCCUACGUUACGUUGGCCCAAUAUAUACUAGACCUAGGUAACUUUAUAUUGUGACACGGUUCCAAAUUUUAGUCGGUCUACGUGGGUCCGCCAACGCGUGCUCCUGUUGAUUCCUCGUUAUGUAGCGAAACAUGAGCAAUCUUCGACUUAAAAUACUUGAGUGAACCGUUUCAAUAUUUGAAGGUCUGUUAGACAACUGUACCUAUAUGAGGCAGAAUAUUAUUUUAUUACAUUUCUUAUUACUGUAGUUAAGGAAUUUAAUGGUUUUAUUUAAUGUUAACGAACAUCAUAAUAAUUAUAAAAUUAUUAUUAGUAAUUAAAACUGUUUAUAUUAUCAAAUUAAUUAUGAAAUGUAUUUGUUGAAAAUAAACUUUAAAAGUUACAUUUA